AUGAUAAGGAUAUCAAGAUGCCUCAAGCAAUAUCCGAAAACUGCUCAACUCAGGGUUUUCGGUAGCAGUGCUUUAACUUUCCUUCAACAGAAUAUACAUCAGGAAAAGCUAUCAUUGCGCAAGGUUUUCGACGAUCAGCGGUUCUGGGAGACUAUAAAUUCGUCCAACUAUCAACAUAGUAAACAAUCUCAAGAACGUAAGCUCAAGUUUUGGACUAAGCCCAGGAAAUCAGUUGUCGAAGGUGAUACUGGAUUAUUUCAAAAUCCGUAUUUAACCUCACCGGAUGGACUCCGUCGUUUUGCUAGGAAAUCUAGGAAGGAUGCAGAAGCUAUAGUGAAACAAUUGCGAGAAGACACAUCUUUUGAUGCUCUGAAGAGCUAUAUCAUAAGGUUAGACCAGCUUAGUGAUAUUCUGUGUCGAGUUAUUGACCUGUGUGAAUUCAUUAGGGCAUCUCAUCCGGAUGACAACUUUGUGACAGCUGCUCAGGAGUGCCAUGAGGAGAUGUUUGAAAUUAUGAAUGUCUUAAACACCGAUGUUGUAUUAUGUAACGUAUUAAAGGAAGUUUUGACAAAUGAGUCCAUACGGAAGGAACUAAGCAGUGAGGAGAUCCGUGUGGGUCAUAUUCUACUGGAGGAUUUUGAGAAAUCGGGGAUUUACAUGAAUCCCAAAGUUCGUGAGCGUUUUAUAGAAUUGUCUCAAGUAAUCAGCAUUGUUGGCCAAGAAUUCAUAACAAAUACCGAAUACGUUGGUACCAGUUUUGUCGAAAUAGAAACAGAUGUGUUGGAAGCCAGUGGAGUCAGUCAAAUGGUACUUCAGCAACUUUCAAAGGAUUUGAGCGGUAAGUUUUAUAAAAUACCAACCUACGGUUAUUUGCCAUACUCCAUCAUAAGAACUUGUCCAUCUGAAUAUAUAAGAAAGAAGGUCUGGACCGCUAUGUAUUCUUGCCCUGAGAAGCAGAUUAAACGGUUAAAGAAAUUGGUACGAUUAAGACAACAAUUGGCGCAUAUCAUGGGGAAACCCGAUUACGCAACCUACCAGCUAGAAGGCAAGAUGGCUAAGUCACCGAAGAACGUAAAAAAUUUCAUGAAUACUCUGAUAGAAUACACCAAGCCAUUAGCCAUGGAGGAACUAAAACCUUUAGCAGACAUGAAGCAUGAUAAUCAUUGCAAAGAUGCAUCAGAAAUUUUGUCUUCAGUGAGACCAUGGGAUCGCGAUUACUUCGGUUCUAUGUCUUUAUUAGCUCAACCUCGGUCAGUCAAAACAAUGAGUUUUCAAUCCUUGAACUGUUAUUUUUCCUUGGGUGUCGUUAUCCAAGGACUUUCGGAUCUAUUCCAAAGUAUUUAUGGUAUCAGGUUGGAACCGGUUGUCGCAAAAACGGGUGAAACAUGGGACCCAGAAGUUCGUAAAAUACAGGUUAUAUCUGAAGCAAAUGGCGUGAUUGGCGUGAUUUACUGUGAUUUAUUCGAAAGGCAGGGCAAAACACCCAAUCCAGCUCAUUUCACAGUUUGUUGCUCCCGCCAAAUUUAUCCAAAUGAGACGGAUUAUUCCACAAUACAGGUAGGCUCCCAUCCAGAUAAAAGUAAAUUUCAAAUGCCCGUCAUCUCUUUAGUCUGUAACUUUAGCCAUACGCAGGCAGAUGAUGAUUCCAUAUGUUUGUUACAACUCAGUGAAGUGGAAACACUAUUUCAUGAAAUGGGCCAUGCAAUGCACUCUAUGUUAGGUAGAACACAAUUGCAAAAUAUUAGUGGUACUCGAUGUGCAACUGACUUUGUUGAGUUACCUAGUAUUUUAAUGGAACAUUUUGCUAAAGAUCUGCGAGUGUUGUCGCGUAUAUCGAGUCAUUAUGCAACUGGAGAGCGUGUCCCCAAGGAAAUGCUAGUCAACUAUCAACAAGAGAAUCGUUUCUUAGAGCAUACAGAAACCUUUUCGCAAAUAAAAAUGGCUAUGUUGGAUCAGAGGUUGCACAGUCUCACUGAUAAUAGCGAGGAUAUCGUAACAGUUUAUCAUGGAUUAGAAAAGGAAUUACAAGUUCUCGUAGACGACAGAAGCAACUGGUGUGGGAGAUUUGGCCAUCUAUUCGGUUAUGGGGCGUCUUAUUACAGUUAUUUAAUGGAUCGUGCAAUUGCGGCCAAAGUAUGGAAUCAUCUAUUCCAACAUGACCCCUUCAGUAGAGCUGGAGGUGAGAAAUUCAAAAAUAGUGUUCUUAAAUGGGGCGGUAGUAGAGAUCCCUGGAGGUGCAUCGCAGAUGCACUUGAUGAACCCCGGCUAAUAAAUGGCGACAACUGGGCUAUGAGAUAUAUCGGUGAGGUAAAAAACAUGUAA